AUGUCUUAUCUAUCUGGCAUUUUGAGACGUAUUAUGACUGCUGCAAACACAAGCGAUGAUAAUCUGAAAAUUGUUUCGCGUGUUCUAUCGACCGGAUUUAUAGAGGAUGAUCAACGUUACGUAUCACCUGUGGCAGCACUGAAAAUAAUUGAGUCAGUAUUAACUUCGAAGUCGAUGAGUGAUGAUAAGUCGAAGGAUUUAAUCAAGGUGUGGUCUGAUUUUGAGCGCAUAGCGCUGUCGGCCGAAGAUAUAACUGCCCUGCAGAAGACGUUAAAUGAUGCCGGAAAAACGAAUCGUGCAAAAAUGAUCACAGUGCUUAAGAGGAAACCUAAAGUCAGUAUUGAAACUGUUUCAUGA